CCACCGCUAUGGCGUCUUAUGUGCUCCGGAGGAUGCUCGGGAGCUGCCGCCUCCUCUUCCUCGUCCAUAGAGGAAGCUCCAGCAGCAGCAGCCACAGCAUCCGCGGUGACACAGGCUCAGGCUCUCUGACUAAACAAGCUGAAGCAACUGCUGCUGCAGACUGGAAAAAGAAAUUGACUCCAGAGCAAUUCUAUGUUACAAGACAGAAAGGAACUGAACCGCCAUUUAGUGGGAUCUAUCUGAAUAACACAGAAUCGGGAAUAUACUGCUGUGUGUGCUGCAAUGCCCCACUGUUCAGCUCAGAAAAGAAGUUCAAUUCUGGGACUGGAUGGCCAUCAUUUUCUGAGGCUUAUGGUACCUGUGGCAGAGAUGAAAGCAAUGCUAAUAUUAUGAGACGACCAGAUAACUCAUUGGGACCAACUAGAACUGAAGUUGUCUGCAAACAGUGUGAAGCCCAUCUAGGCCAUGUAUUUGAUGAUGGUCCCCCACCUUCUGGGCAGAGGUUCUGUAUCAACAGUGUUUCCUUAAACUUCAGACCAGACUCUGGUCAAUGAGAAGUGGAUCUCUGUGGCUUAUAGAACAUCCUUUUACUGCUUAUACAACAGGCUUGUGAAAACCUCAUGUUUUUAAUAUAGAACUCAAAUUUUUAUGCCACUGCAGCUUUGCUUUCCAGCUGAGUGUUGAUAAGAUACAUAUUUUUGUGUUAAACCUUUGGCAAUCUGCUUUUUCAUGAUUAGUGUGAUGUAAAUGUUACCUGUUUAUUGUAUUUUUUUAAAUUAAAAAUAUGCAAUAGUUCACAUCAUAAUUAUCAAUGUGAACUGCACUGAGGCUGCUGAAACGAAGUACUCUCCCUGAACCUGACUUUGCUGAUGCUGAAUACUAGUUGUGGCACCCAGGAAUACUGAUGUACAAAAGACAGAGCUUUUACUUCUGUAAAAUCAUCAUAUCAUUCUAAAGGGAAGAAAAAAUAACAUGAAUCUCCAAACAAGGUUUGAGGUGAGGUUUUUUUCCCUGAUGUGAGAGGUCUUUAACCAAGCCAAGUGACUUUUCCGUGCACACAUAAAAGCAGAAGGAGGGCUUAAUUAAAACUAUUUCAGGCAACAGAACCAGUGAGGACACAGUCUUUCUUCUUUAAAAGCAACGGCUUUGAUUCUGAGUCCAAUAGCUGAAACAGGGUUUGCUCCAGGAACUUCCUCUUACAGAAAUAAUAUGAUAAUAAUGUAACAAUCUGUAAUGUAUCCACACUUCUGUUAUCACUUGUGUAUUUCAGAAUCCCAAAACAGAAAUGAAUGUGAAAUUGACUGUACGGGGAGGGGGGCAGGAAUUAGCAUAAAAAAUGUGUUCAGUAAAGUGAUGCUUUUGUUGAAAACAUACCUUGUCUGUUCUUAUUUGUGCAAGUUUGUAAAUAAUUCUGUAUUCUCCCAAGCAUUGUUACCAUGGUUUGCUGGAAAAUAAAUUGUACGUUUCUUAUUGA